AACGGAUAGUUCCCAACCAUGGAGGAUGGAAAACCUGUUUGGGCUCCACACCCAACUGAUGGGUUUCAGAUGGGCACAAUUGUGGAUAUUGGCCCUGACACCUUAACUAUUGAACCUUUAAACCAGAAGGGAAAGACUUUUCUGGCUGCUAUCAACCAAGUGUUUCCUGCAGAAGAAGACAGUAAAAAGGAUGUGGAGGAUAACUGUUCGCUUAUGUAUUUAAAUGAAGCCACACUCCUUCAUAAUAUCAAAGUUCGCUACAGUAAAGACAGAAUUUACACCUACGUAGCAAACAUUCUAAUUGCAGUGAAUCCAUACUUCGACAUACCUAAACUUUAUUCUUCAGAGACCAUUAAAAAGUACCAGGGUAGAUCACUAGGGACAUUACCCCCACAUGUAUAUGCAAUUGCUGAUAAAGCUUUUCGGGACAUGAAAGUACUCAAGAUGAGUCAAUCCAUCAUAGUUUCUGGAGAAUCAGGAGCUGGAAAGACUGAAAACACUAAAUUUGUACUAAGGUAUUUGACUGAAUCCUAUGGUACUGGUCAAGAUAUUGAUGACAGAAUUGUAGAAGCUAACCCACUCUUAGAAGCUUUUGGGAAUGCAAAGACUGUUCGCAACAACAAUAGCAGUCGUUUUGGAAAAUUUGUAGAAAUUCACUUCAAUGAAAAGAAUUCAGUUGUUGGUGGAUUUGUAUCACAUUACCUUCUGGAGAAAUCCAGGAUCUGCGUGCAAGGCAAGGAAGAGAGGAAUUACCAUAUUUUUUAUAGGCUUUGUGCAGGUGCUCCAGAAGAUAUUAGACAAAAACUGUAUUUAAGCUCCCCAGAUAACUUUAGGUAUUUAAAUCGUGGCUGCACCAGAUACUUUGCUACCAAAGAAACAGACAAGCAAAUUUUGCAAAAUCGCAAAAGUCCUGAGUACCUUAAAGCAGGUUCUCUGAAGGAUCCUCUGCUAGAUGACCAUGGGGACUUCAACAGAAUGUGUACAGCAAUGAGAAAGAUUGGCUUAGAUGAUGGAGAAAAGCUUGAUCUUUUCCGAGUAGUGGCUGGUGUUCUUCACCUGGGAAAUAUUGAUUUUGAGGAAGCUGGGAGCACUUCAGGUGGAUGUACUCUGAAGAACAAAUCUAGUAAAUCCUUAGAAUACUGUGCAGAACUGCUGGGUUUGGAUGAGGAUGAUUUACGUGUCAGUUUAACUACUAGAGUCAUGCUUACAACAGCAGGGGGCACCAAAGGAACAGUUAUAAAGGUACCCUUGAAAGUAGAACAAGCAAACAAUGCACGUGAUGCCUUGGCUAAAACUGUAUACAGUCAUCUUUUCGAUCACGUAGUAAACAGGGUAAAUCAGUGUUUCCCAUUUGAGACCUCUUCUUUCUUCAUUGGCGUUCUGGAUAUAGCUGGUUUUGAAUACUUCGAACACAACAGUUUUGAGCAGUUCUGUAUUAACUAUUGUAAUGAAAAGCUGCAACAAUUCUUUAAUGAAAGGAUUCUGAAAGAGGAACAAGAGCUUUACCAAAAGGAAGGCUUGGGAGUCAAUGAAGUACACUAUGUAGAUAAUCAGGACUGUAUAGACUUGAUUGAAGCAAAAUUAGUAGGUGUGCUGGAUAUCUUGGAUGAAGAAAAUCGUCUUCCCCAGCCAAGUGACCAGCAUUUUACUUCUGAGGUGCACCAGAAACACAAGGACCAUUUCAGACUCUCGAUUCCCAGGAAGUCUAAAUUGGCUGUUCACAGAAAUAUCAGAGAUGAUGAGGGCUUUAUUAUCCGACAUUUUGCAGGAGCUGUGUGCUAUGAAACGACUCAGUUUGUGGAGAAAAACAAUGAUGCUUUGCAUAUGUCUCUUCAAUCCCUCAUAUGUGAAUCUAAGGACAAAUUUGUCCGGCAACUAUUUGAAUCCACUACUAACAACAAUAAAGAUGCCAAACAAAAAGCGGGAAAGCUUAGCUUCAUCAGCGUGGGAAAUAAAUUCAAGAUGCAGCUAAAUUUGCUUCUUGAAAAGCUUCGCAGUACUGGUUCUAGCUUUAUUCGCUGCAUCAAGCCUAAUUUAAAGAUGACAAGUCACCAUUUUGAAGGAGGUCAGAUUCUCUCUCAGCUUCAGUGUUCAGGCAUGGUGUCUGUUUUGGACUUGAUGCAAGGUGGUUUCCCAUCACGCGCUUCAUUUCAUGAGUUAUAUAACAUGUACAAGAAGUACAUGCCUGCAAAGCUAGCUCGACUGGACCCGAGGCUCUUCUGCAAGGCACUAUUUAAAGCUUUGGGUUUAAAUGAAAUUGAUUACAAAUUUGGAUUAACCAAAGUGUUUUUUAGACCUGGCAAGUUUGCAGAAUUUGAUCAGAUAAUGAAGUCUGAUCCUGAUCAUUUAGCAGAGCUGGUUAAACGAGUCAAUUACUGGCUUAUCUGCAGUCGCUGGAAAAAAGUUCAGUGGUGUUCUCUAUCAGUGAUUAAAUUAAAAAACAAAAUUAAAUACCGCGCUAGUGCCUGCAUUAAAAUGCAAAAGACUAUUCGCAUGUGGCUUUGCAAGAGGAAGCACAAACCACGAAUUGAUGGCUUGGUAAAAGUGCGUACACUGAAAAUGAGACUUGCUAAAUUUAAUGAAGUAGUAAGUGCUUUGAAAGAAGGAAAAACAGAGAUGAGCAAGCAGAUAAAGAUUCUGGAGUGUUCUAUUGAUGCUUUGAUGGCAAAGAUUAAGUGUACUGUAAUGACUAGGGAACAGAUACAGAAAGAAUAUGAUUCUCUGGUUAAAAGCUCAGAGCAGCUUCUAAGUGCACUACAGAAAAAGAAACAGCAAGAAGAAGAAGCAGAGAGGCUGCGACGUAUCCAGGAGGAAAUGGCAAAAGAAAGAAAAAGGCGUGAGGAGGAGGAACAAUAUCGAAAAAAGGAAGAAGAGGAAAGACGGCAGAAAUAUGAGAUUGAGGCAAAGAGAAAACAGGAGGAGGAAGAGAGGAAAAAAAGGGAAGAGGAGGAAAAACGUAUUCAGGUUGAAAUUGAGGCACAACUAGCCAGACAGCGUGAGGAAGAAACCCAGAAACAGGCAGUUCUUGAACAGGAGCGUCGUGACCGAGAACUUGCAAUGAGGAUUGCACAGAGUGAGUCAGAACUCAUCGAUGAGGCUCAGAUGGAUUCGGGAUUGCGCAGAACCAAUGGAACAAGGCCUCAAAUGACUGCGGAACAAGUGGCCAAAGAAAUGACAGAAAUUUUGUCUAGGGGCCCUACAGUUCAAGCCACAAAAGCUGCUGCUGGUACUAAGAAGCAUGAUCUUAGUAAGUGGAAGUAUGCAGAACUUCGUGACACAAUCAAUACUUCAUGUGAUAUUGAAUUAUUGGCAGCUUGCAGAGAAGAAUUUCACAGACGACUUAAAGUGUAUCAUACUUGGAAAUCCAAGAAUAAGAAACGUAAUGCAGAAACAGAACAACGUGCUCCAAAAUCAGUUACUGACUAUGAUUUUGCACCAUUUUUGAACAACACAACCCAACAGAAUCCAGCAACACAGUUGCCUGACAGACAGCAAGAGAUUGAAAUAAACAGACAGCAGCGUUACUUCCGUAUUCCCUUCAUUCGCCCAGCAGACCAGUACAAAGAUCCUCAAAACAAGAAGAAAGGCUGGUGGUAUGCACAUUUUGAUGGAGCAUGGAUUGCUCGACAAAUGGAACUUCAUCCUGACAAGCCACCUAUUCUGCUUGUAGCUGGCAAGGAUGAUAUGGAGAUGUGUGAGCUAAACCUUGAAGAGACUGGCUUAACUCGAAAGCGGGGUGCUGAAAUUUUGUCGAGACAGUUUGAAGAGGUUUGGGAGCGUUGCGGAGGCAUCCAGUACCUUCAACAUGCAAUUGAGAGCAGACAAGCUCGUCCUACGUAUGCAACAGCCAUGCUGCAGAAUCUAUUAAAAUAAAUAGUCACUUUGCACAUUAAUAUUAGAGUUGAAAACCCUUCAUGAUUAUAAAGGGAAGAGUUCCUCUCUGCAACAGAGGACUUAAACAUUCCAUGGUCAUGUUAGAGAUGUUUAAUAUAAAGUGAACAGAUUUUCUUAAUCCUGGGGUCUGUUAAUUUUUACUUUUUGAUGUUUAAUUUGUGUAGUGAGCUCACUAGUUUUGUGGACCUUGCAGAAGUUUCAGUUAAUAUUGGUGGUUUCAGUUUGUUUAUAUGCUGCAUCCUUAACGGCUCUGUUAUAACACUAAUACUGUAAAGUAACACUAGUGUACUUUGAGUAUAUAGAUGAUAAAUCCUUGUAAAACUACCUUUUAUUUAAACUCUUUGGAACAGGGGUGUCAAACUUGUCUGGCCCUGCGGUCCAGAUAAAUGGUGUGGGACCAGUCCAUGGGCCAGAUGAAUGGUGCAGGGAAAGCCCCAGGGUCUGGAUUGAGCCCAUGGCCCCUCCUUCUCCCACUCCAGGCUGGAUCCAAUGCAUGGCAUGCCCACCCUAGCUGGUCUGGGACCCAGCAGGAAGAGGCCUGGCAUUUCAAGCAUUUGGCUGCCAUUACAGGAGCAAGCUACAGUGCCAGGUUUCUUCCUGUGGUGUUGCUGAGGUUGUAGUGCUGUUGCUUUCAUCCAGGUGCUUGGCAGUCAAGCCAGUGAGAGCUGCAGCUUUGGAGCCCUAGCAACACCAAGGCUUCUUCCCGUUGUAGCAGCCAAGUGUCUGGUUGAGAGCCUCGGUGGUGGAGCCGCAGCACUACCACAGGAAGAAGCCUGACAUGAGCAGUUGGCUGCUGCCAUGGGACUAAACUGCAGUACCAGGCUUUAUACUAUGGUGCUGCUGGGUUUCCAGCACUAUGGCUCUCACUCAGGCUGGAUGCUGCUAUGGAAAGUCCUUCUUUGUAGCCAGGGUCAGGGCAAAAGCCGUAGGACUAAUUUGGUCUGUGGCAUAUGUGUGACACCCCUGCUUUAAAACACUAAAAUAGUUGGUUUUAAAUGAUGUUCCAGUAAAGAAGGUGUAAUGUAUUCUAUAACUGGAAUUGUGGGGCCUUAACUUUAACUUCUUUUCCAGAGAAGUUGGAGUACUUUUACUUGAUCAGAAAUAUUGUAUGUCCUGAUCUGAAAGCUGCUCAACAUCUGUAUGUACUGACUUUUCAGAAACUUAUGGGGAAUCUUCAUAAAAGUAGAAACGUUGGUUUCUUUCUUCAUCUUAGUGAAGUCAAAUGGCACAAAAUGUAUACAUUUUGAGAAGUGCAUACUUAUAUUUGUUGUACCAUGUAAUAAUACAGGUACACAAAUGGCGUGCUGCACAUCUAGAUUGUUCCCCCCCCCUCUUUUUAGCAUCUUUUUUUUAAGAACAGAUUUCUUAUAGAUGCUGUUUCAUUUUAUUUUUCUGAUGAAUUUUUGUUAGGAAUCCUUGAAUGGUUAAUUUUCCCACAUAGUUUAAUUUAAAUAUAUAAACAUUGUUUGAAAUCUAUUUCUGAAUACAUGUAGAUUGAGGGAAAUGUGUUCAGUUUUUUGACAGACAACACAGCAUAAUUGGAAUAUUGGAAACUGAACUUGAUCCUUUUUAGGUUAACGAAAUGCACAAGGAUUAUAUUAUUUCUGUUAGACUAUCAGGGCUUGCCCAGUAAUGUGUCACUGGAGUGUCUAAUUACAAUAUAGGGCUUCAAAUAGCUAAUUUUUUGUUACAUUGCAACAGAAAACUCUCUUAGUUGCUCUGAUCCUGUACUUAAUCUCCUCUGUCAGGCUUUAUGGCUUGCUUUUUGUAAUAGUGUUUAGCAAUUUAAAAUGAUUGUGUUAUAGGAAUUAUUCAUUCCACACAGUCUUGAGCUGCUUUUUAUUAAUUUAUCUUGGUGUUCAUAAUGCUGGCCAUACUUCAACAGAUUAAAAUGUGAUAUUUAUUAUCUCAUUGAAUUUGAAAAAUAAAGAUACAUAGCCUGGUGCCUGUUGGAUAAAAUUAAAUAUUCAGGCGUCUUUUAAAAAAACACUCCUUUAUCUGGCUGUAGUGAAGAAAAAAGCUUGCCUGUUUUAUAAACUAAUUACCUCUUGGGACCCUAAGGCUGAGACCUUUAGAAAACAUAAGUUUCUACAAAGCUGUUAUGAGGGUAUGAAGCCUGCCUACCCCCAGCCAGAUCAGAACAGCAGGGUUCCUUCCCAACUUAAUCCAGAUUUGGCUACAGCAGCGGGGGCUAAUGCAGCCAUUGCUCACCUCCCGUUACUGACAUGUCAUCAACAGGGCUCGAUGCCCCAGAUUUCUGUAGCAGGCUUCUUCCCCCCCCACCUGUUUUCAUGGCCCUGCUGGCAGUCCUGUGGGCUGCACGAUGCGGCUCUGCAGGCCAUAAGUUUGAAACCUCAGCACUAGUUUCAAACCAGGAAGUUGGAAACUAUGUUCAUAAGAAAAGAUACAGUUCUAUAGUGCAGUCAAAAAGAGCUGAUGAACACACUACCUAACUGACAGAUUAGAUUGUGUUUGUGUGCCACAGUCAGUCUGUUAUUGAAAAUACACUCCAUAUUGUAACAUGUGAAGAGAUUUGAGAAAAGAACUAGUUAUUUAUUUAUAUAUUUGUUAAAGUGGUGAUUCUUAGCUUGUCUGAACUGAAAAUUGGCAAUGUUAAUGUCCUUCAAGGUAAGUAUCACUGCAUAGAUUCCCCUCCCUCAGUCUCGGGUCAUGUGGGGACAUUGAUCCAGUCCUUUGCCUUUCCACCUUUACUCAAAGACUUCAUUGAAGCACUGGUAGUUGACUGCAAGAUGAAAGUUAUGUGCAUCAGGCCCCAAUUUUAGCAAUACAUUUAAAAUAUGCACAAUUUUAUGUGAGGCUAACUUUGUACUACUUGCAUAGUUAAAAUUUAGGCACUUGUGAAUCAGAUCCAAAUAUUAGAGCCCUAAACAUAGGAAAAGGCUGUGGCAUGUAAUGAAUACAUGAAAUCAGGGCUGUCUAAAUUUUAAGGGGCUGGGGCCUGCACCAAUAGAGGCCACAGGCCAUACCAACAUGGGCUGUGCCCUGCCCCCCACCCCGAGGUGUGCAGGUGCUUCCCCCCUUUUGCACCAGAUAGGCACGUGGGCGUCUUAGACCUAGCUUCAGCUCUGGCCAUGGGCUCUCGCUUGCUGCCCUUCACCACAUGGCUGCCCUGGGCCAUGGGCUGUCCCAGUACCACAGGCUGUUCCAGGAAGCAGAAGCCAGAGGAGUGUGCUUCUGCUGUCCGGGGGUGGGAACACAGAGCCCCUGGCUGCUACUGCAGCCAGAGUAAGGGCUGGGGCAGCCAGGUGGGAGCCCUGGGGCCGUGAACUAAUUUCUUGCAGGCCACCAGUUGGACAGGCCUGCAUUAAAUAAACACCUUAAAUCAGUACUUGUCUAGGUACAGGUAGUCUCGUGUCCAUGUUAGUAUUAAAAAUGCAAUAUAAUUCUCUUUUCUUCAGCCCCUGCCUUCUAUUAAUAGAGGCAUAAGUAUUCUCAUGACACAUUCUUGAUCUUCUUUAAUAUUAUAUCAACUGUGGAUUUGUGUUGGUAGGAAACUACCCUUUAUUGGUAUGAAAUAUUUAGGGUUCUUUUGUUAGCAUAUAUUCAUCAGUCACUUUGAUGGAACAAUAAUGUGUCUUGUAUCAGAAACAUGCCAUCUUAUUGGAAAUGAACUGGUGACUAGGUGUUAUCACAUGAGAUAUUUCCUGUUUUCUCAUUGUUCUCACCAGUGUGCUAGAAUACUGCAGAUAUUCUUUCCAUCCAGGUAAACAAAAGUCUUUGCUAGUUCUGGUUGUCUUAGUUCAGAAUUUGAUUUUAAAAAUCUGCAGCAGGGCAGAUAAGUAGCUGAAUGCAUUCUGUUGAUAAGUCUGCUAGAUGGGAGACUUGUUUGAUAGGAGUUAGUCAUAUGCUAUAGGGAAAAUAGCAUAAGCUACUGGUGAUCCUCAGGUGUGUUUGUAAGAAGAAAGACAACUUGUUCUGACCUGACCCUCUAAAUUAUGUAAUGCAGGUAUUAGUUUUGACUUGAAGCACCUUAAAAAAAACAAAAUUAAAAAACCCACAUAUGCCAGACUGUAUACCUGCCCACAUGACCCAAGAGCAUGGAUCUAUGUGGAAUUCUACUUUCAGAGAACAUAGAAUGAUGAGGUGUAUGUACCACUUUCAUUCACUAAUGAAAUUCUGUUCCUCUUUUGUAGCUGAAUUGUUUUCAUUUAUUUGUUCCAAAAUAUUUUUAAGUACUUUAAAAUGAUCUCUUAAUGAUGUACUGAAAAUUUCAACAAAUAAAUACAUUCUGCGCUUAAAUCUG